CGAGUUCUCAUGUCGUUUGUUUGUUUCUCUCUGCAAGUUGCCGUAAGCAAAAAGCUUCAUCGUAACUGGUUUUUUGCACGGGAUUUUAACGUUUCGAUCGCAUUACUCGAGAGAGUCGCCAACACCGUGCACCGAUUUCUUUUUCAACUUGAAACCGAUUUCAAUUGAUUGGCCUUGGUUUGUGGGCACUGAGUGAAAUUAUUACAUUUCAUAGGCUUACACGUAAUUCUGUUGCGGUCCACUGUCCACACACCCUUGACAUUUCCGCUUCCGUAUUUCUGCCUUGCGUUCAACAAUUACUCCACCGUUCUUAAGGUACCUGAAAGUUGCUGAAUGGCGCCAGUUGUGUACGUCGUUCACUGCGGGAAGUACCGUUUUCUAGUCUCGUAACUAGAACGCUCUUCGGUUUUCCAAACAAACUCGUGCCAGACAUGUUUCUUUAACACCUUAUGUUCAUAAAUCUAGAUCAAGUGUUUUUUUACUGUGCGCGAUAUUGCUUUGAUUUGAAAAAAAAAAUAUUCGAUAAAAUUUCUCUCCAAAAAACGAAGUAUUCUCUAUUCGGAUUAAUUUCUUCAGGAGCCUACCGCCUCAACAUGAAUAAUAAAAUUGGCGAUUCGUCCCUCCAACUGUCGUUCUCAUUCGACGACAAGAAAAAUAGAGAGACCUCGUUCCAGAUGGACCCGGGAUCCGUCAGCUCCGCGUCAUCCGAGAGGAGUGUGUCGUGGUCGGAAGGUGGCGGAUCAGCCGAGGACCACAUAGACAAGGACGCCUCCUUUGGCCAGCAGAUGGUGACCCGAGCUAAAAGACGCAUCCGUAAAUCGUGCACUACCAAAUUACUUAAACGUCGUUUGCCCAUCAUCGAGUGGCUACCCAAGUACACGAUACAAUCGCUCUUCCAUGACUGCAUGGCCGGCUUCACUGUUGCUCUUACAGCUAUUCCGCAAGGCAUCGCUUAUGGAGCAGUCGCUGGAGUGCCUGUUGAGUUCGGGUUAUACACUGCGUUUGCUGGACCCUUCAUCUAUGCGCUGCUGGGCUCCGUCAGUCAAAUUACUAUGGGCCCUACAGCGGUCAUGGCUCUCAUGACCCACCAGUAUGUUCAGCUUGGAGGUGCCCCUUAUGCAAUUAUUCUCUCGUUCGUCUCCGGAUGCAUAGAGCUGUUAGCUGGACUGCUUAACCUAGGAUUCAUAAUGGAUUUUAUAUCGGCACCGGUUAUAUCGGGCUUUUGUUCAGCGGCCGCCGUCACCGUUAUUCUUUCUCAAUUUAAGACCAUUCUUGGUUUGUCGUUUCGCGGCUCGACUUUCACGAAAGUCCUUCCAGGAAUUUUUAAGUAUUGGAGAAGUAUUCGUGUGUGGGACGCUGUGCUAGGAUUCGUCUUCAUUGCUUUCCUAAUGCUGCUCAAGAAUCUCACACUCGUCAAGAAGUGGUUCAACGCUGGCUGCUGUCUUCAUAACCCUUGUGUAGAAAAGGCUUUGUGGUUUGUGUCAACGUGUCGUAACGCCUUAGCGGUCAUUCUCGGCUGUGUGAUAGCGUACGUGUUCGAAAUCUAUGGUAACCGACCAUUCCAGUUGCUAGGUGAAGUCAAGUGCGGCAUUCCGAAUUUCCAAAUUCCACCUUUCAGCUUUGAACGUCCAGAUGAGGAAUUUGUACCAUCCAACUGGACGGACUCUGAUUCGGACAAUCAAACUUCUUACGAUCUCGUGACAUUUCCCGAAAUCCUUAAAGACAUGGGACCAGGGAUGAUAUUGGUUCCCGUUAUUGCAAUUCUCGAACAAGUCGCCAUCGCCAAAGCAUUCAGCAAUGGGGCGAAAACCGAUUCGACGCAGGAAAUGAUCGCUGUGGGAGCCGGUUCGAUUUUCUGCUCUUUUUUCGGCUGCAUCCCACUGACAGCUUCCUUUUCUCGGAGUUCCGUGCUAUCCGCAUCUGGUGGAAAAACGCAAUUUGCAAGUUUAAUCAAUGGUUGUGUGGUUCUGUUUGCUUUGGCUUUCUUGAUGCCCACGUUUUACUUCAUUCCCAAAUCUAUCCUUGGAGCCGUGAUCAUCACUGCCGUCUAUCCCAUGAUAGAAUACCACGAAAUUCCCUCUUUAUGGCGAGGACGACGAAUUGAACUGUUUCCAUUCAUCACCACUUUCCUUUGCUGUUUGUUAAUUAACAUGGAAUACGGCAUUCUCAUUGGCGCUCAGAUGCAUUUGUUAAUGUUGGCAUAUGAAGGCAGCCGGUCGAAGUCUACUUUAACGCGCUACAAGGAAGCUGACGAGGAACGUGUCGUUUUGCAAGCGGACCGCAACCUCUAUUUCCCGUCGGUGGAGCGAUUUCGCAACGCGUUGACCAAAGUGUCCAUCGACGUCGAAACGAAAAACCGAGUCGUUGUUCUGGAUAUGGGAAGGGUCAAUCAGAUUGAUCACACCACACUCAAGAUGCUGCAAUCCAUUUUGGCAGCAUGGGAUAAAAAGGAGGAGAAAUAUUGUUUCGCCAAUGUCAGCGAUCAUCUCAAGCGAGUUUUGAGUUCAAUUCUACCGAAAGGUGUACCGAUGUCUCGUCCAGUUCUUCCAUCUACGGAUACUACAAUUUCCUUCGUUCCCUAGAGAAAAUGCGGAGCGUGAAAAGCGGACGCGGAACUGCAGUAGUGGUCAAAUGGGAUGAAAUGAAUCAAAUCAAAUCAAAGUUUUUAUUUUCCCGUGCUAUUAAUUAAUGUUUAUCUCUCGUUUGCUAAUUAUGAAUGUUGGAGCGAGUAAGCACUCGGUCUGAAUGUUUUUUUAAAAUGUAAAUAUUGGUCAAUGUGCUAAAACUCAUCACUUGUUUUGUGUCAUGUGACCGUUCGGAGUUGGUUCUUUAUUUACUGAGCGUUUAUGCCAUUCAAUACACGGAGAUUUU